GAUUCUGGAUGCUGGGAUCACUGACAUGAGCUACCACGCCCCGGCACUCAUGUAUCAUUUUACUUACGUUUUAAAAAAUCUCUGUUUUCUGUCCUCCCCAUUUUUAAGUAGGUGAUAUCUUAAAAAUUGCUUUUACCUCCCUACUUAGUUUAACUUAAGCUUUAAUCAUUUACAACAAAUAUUUCUAUUAAAAUGGAGACAAUAAGUCAUGAUUAGAGAAGGAAUCGGUGAACAAUAUUGUAGGUAGUUUUUUAUUAUAUCAGUCAGUCUCUGGCAUAGAGCUAUAGUUCAGUAUUGUUUAAUAUUCUUUCAAGAGACAUUUAUUUUAAUCAGAGGAAUCUGGUUAACUUACAUAAAGAAGAAAAAUGAAUGAGGGAAUUUUAAGAACUACGGCAAAGAAAUCAAGAAGUUUGAAAAUUCAUGUCAGUUACAGUAAAGUUGAAAACGUAGCAUUUUCUGAAAACAGUGACAAGUACAUUAAAUUCUGAUAAGAUUAUUUAAAUUUUUUAGUAUGAUAACAGUGAUAGAGGUGUAUGAUAAAGAAGUAUAUAAUGCCAACUUUUAGGCAGCUUGUCUAAAGGUAGAAAGUAAACAUCUAUGAUACUUUAAAAAAGUUACAAGAUUUUGGUGUUUGUGACUGAGAAGGAAACAAUCAACUCCAUGGGUCAAAUUUCUGCUCUCCGCCCAUCCUGUCGACUAUAAAAAUAAUUUCUAAGAGGCACUUGAAAAUGGACAAACUAAAUGACACACUAGCCACCCAAAGUCUCCUAUGUUCUAAAGUGUGUGAUGAGAUAAACUGAUUCAAAAUAGCCCUAGGGUGAGAAUUUCCUGUUCAAAUCUGAAGUGACACAUUGGCGAGGAAUCUACUUUUUCCACUCUUGCCUCACUCUGACCCUUCAAAGGGCAGUCUGUGAAGAUCACAGAUAAGGUUUGUGUCUUUAAGAGGCAACCUCACCUCUCCACUGAAGGGUGCCUAACUUUCUGGUGACAGAAGCUUCUUAAGUACAGUUAUCAUAGAGCACAGUCCCUGACAUCACACAGCUGCAGAGAUGAAUAAACAAAGAGGAACCUUCUCAGAAGUGAGUCUGGCCCAGGAUCCAAAGAGGCAGCAAAGGAAACCUAAAGGCAAUAAAAGCUCCAUUUCAGGAACCGAACAGGGAAUAUUCCAAGUAGCAAUUAACCACUUCAAAAUCCCUUCUCUGCAAUCAUUCAAGGGAUUGAUCACAAUAUAUGACUGCCAAGAAAUUUCUGACCGCCAUUUUACCUUCCUCAUGGAUUGCGAGGCGGCAGCGAAUCGGGGCGCAAGUCGGCGUAACCCCAUCGCCGAAUCGGAGGAGCGCCUAAGAACUAUAACUGAAAAGGUUGUUGUGGAUCUCUGUCGAACAAGUAUACACCAUCCUGCCAUUAGAGCUCCCUUAAGUACGCAGCGUUUAUCCAUCAAACGAGCACGAUCCGCUGACACUCGCACGGCAGCGCAGAAGAUGGGAAUAAACAACCUAGAGCCGAACGCGUCUCAGCGGAAAACCCGAACAGAAAAUGAUUCCAAGGAGAAUGAAAGCGGUUCAAACUCCUCUCCUCGUAAUUCAGUCACAGGGAUUGAUCCAAAUAUAUCGACCCAGCCAAGGAACCACAUUAAAAAUAGAUCGUUCAAUAUUAGUCCGUUAACAGACGUCAGUCUGCAGUUGCCAGAAGGUGGGGAAAGAUUACGGGGAAUAUUUGCACUUAAAUUUCUGACCGCCAUUUUACCAUCCGCAUGGAUUGGUGUGUUUCGUGACAGCAGUCAUCAUCCAUGGGUGACAAUAAACGGUUUGACUUUCAAACAUGAGAUAAAAGACUCAGAUCAUGCUGAAAAUAACUGUGCAAUGCUACAUCUAGAUAGACUUAAAUCAGUCCAGUGUGGAUCUUCAAAAAGAUAUUAUUGUAAGCAUAAGCUUUAGAAUGAAAGUAUUUGAGUUUGCAGUGCAUCAGAUAAAUUUUAUAUUUGUUAACAUAGAAAUGAUAUGAUUGCAUGUCUUAAAAUGAAUUGCAUUAUUUGCUCUAAUAAUAAGAAAAUUCUAAAUAAAUUAUUGAAAUAUAAUACACACAAUUUUAAAAGUACAGAUAUCCUAGCAUUUAGGUCGGGCUCAUUUUGCUAAACAUGUUUGUGGCAUUCGGCCUUCCUAAAAGUUGCAUGUUAUGUGGGUCAGUUUGUAUGAAGUGUCAAGAACAAGCAAAACCACGGGACAGAAAGUAAAAGAGCGCUGCCAAUGCCUAAGGGAGGUUGAAAUAGGAGGUGGCCCCUAAUUGCUAGAAUGUUUCUUUGUGUCAGUGAUGAAAACUUUUUAAAUUUCAGUAGUAGUGACGGUGGUAACUCUGUGAAUAUACUAAAAACCACUGAUUUUUAAUUAUUUUAAACAGAUGAAAUUUAUGCUAUGUACAUGAUACCUCAAUAAAGCUCUCCCCCCAAAAAAAUAAUAAUACUGUCCUGGGAUUGCUUGAGUCUGCAUUUAAUCUCUAAAGUAAUAUUUAAAGAUUAGCUUCUUGACUUUUCCAAUCAAUAUCAUAUUGUGUCCUUCAAUGUACUGGCUUCAAUGUACCGGGAUCUCUUUAAUUCUUCUCUAUUAUAUUAUAUAUUUUGGGGGAUUGAAUCAUACGAAAUGCAGAUAUUUUACAUUCAUGCUUUUGUAAAUGGCAUUCUGAUUUUAAUAUUCCCUUUAAUAAUUUUUGUUACUGUAAAUAGUAAUACAAUU